AUGGCCCACACUUCGGACGAUGUGGCGUUCGAUGCAACGUGGCAUCCGCCUCCACCGCCGUCUGCGCAUGGCAGUGCUGGCAAUCUCUUACAGGCUUCUCAUAUUUCCAGACAAUCCGACGAGAAGAUGCGCGAGGCAGACAUCCGUGCUCACGUCAUGCGUCGCGGGCAUCAAGGUCUUGGGUAUGAACCCGAAGACCAUACUGCUGCCAGAUCCAGUGGAUCUAUAACGUUUGUGCCGGCGGGCAGCGGGAUUCUGGACCACAGCUCCGGCUCGGAUUCGCAUCGCGGUGGUUUGAGGCAGCUGCUGGAUGGAGCGGGGGGAAGCGAGCAUCUGAUGCUACUGGUGGCUAAUUUUGGAGCAAUGGAUCGUCAAGUCCAAGGGGAAAAACUUUGCGAUUAUCUUACACGGAACAAUCACCUUGUUUUGAUGCAAGAGGCUGCCGGAACGGUAUACUCCAUGCUUGCAAAGUUGCGAGCAAUGGCUUGCAGUGUGUCACCUCAUGCAUUGACGAGCAUCUUAGCUGGUGGUUCUGGUCGAAAGUCUGUACGGAGCCUAUACCCGGCUCACGACGGACUGAUCCCUAGGCCAUGGGCCCAGAGUGGCAGACAUGCCAUUCGUUUCCACGGCGGCGCUGUUAGUUGGCACCAUUUGCAGGAUGGUACUUUUCUGAGGCGCGCUGGUCUGGACUUCGUUCGGGUGAUGUCACUUCACUAUGAGAGUUCGGCUGCAAAAAAGCCAGACAGCGUUCGAUACGUUUUGGCUUCACUCUGGCGUCUCUGUCGGCGAGACAAGAUUCGUCUUGUAGGUGGCGACUUCAAUCAAGCUUCGGGGCUCCUAGAGGAGUCUCUUCAAGCCAUAUCUGCUUCAGUGACGGGCUUCUCAUACCAACUGCAACACGGGCAUUCGCCAGAGAUUGCUGCAAUAAUCUUGAACUGGCCCAACACUGAGCCGCUUUUAAUGAAAAAGCGCGCAGACAAAUUAGAUGCAGCAGCCGUGGAAACCGACAAAGACAGCCACUACCCACUCGUGGUUUGCAUCGGCCAGUCGGAGGAGGCUCUGCGCGGCCACAAACGCAGUCCGGCGGAGAUGGAGCGUCGCAAAGACAAAAAAAAAGCUGCUCUGGACGAGAAGCGGUUGGCGAAGAAGCAACGAAUGAGCGCCAAGUAG